UUCUGUUCUACAAAGCGGUUUUAUAGUGAUAAACUAGUGAUCUGAUCUGGUAAUCAGUCGUCACUCUGUAGUGGCAAUAAUGCCCUGUGUGGUGCCGACCUGUGGCACAUCCGAGGGCAGCUUCAUGCUGUUCCCCAGGGACGGGUCGCUGUCGGAACGGUGGUUCGAGGCCAUCCAGAUCGGCUGUGGUAUUCUGAUGGAGCUGGCCGAAGGGCGCGAUCUGAGCCAGACGGAGAUCUGCCUGUGGCACUUUGAAGCGAACGAAACUGUGCCGGACGAGGAGGACCUGCGCUAUCGGGAACCGAAGCUGUUCUUGAACGGCAAUGGGGAGAAAGUGGAAAUCGUCAGUUGCCGGUUGUGCUUGCAUUUCUACCCGCGCUAUUGCGUGGUAUCCUCGGAUGGAAUCCUUGACGGAGUGGACCUUAAGUCGACCAUUUACGAAGCGUUGAGCAUCGCUCUCGGGGAGGACGAUUUUCUGCAGCACAUUUGUAUGGAGUGCCUAGCCCGACUGGAGAUACUGAAUUCGAUUCAGCGGGAGUUUUCCCAGGCGGAAGUGGAGUUCCAGGAGUUGCUCAAAUCGGCGCGGGAAAGUACGUUCGACGUACACAGUAUGGUCAAGCUGGAGCAUCCCUCGGUGGAUGCCUUCAUAGAGGAGGAACGAGCCGAAUCGACUCCGGAGCCGGAGUACGACAUUGUUGAGGAAGUUAUCCACGAUGAGACCGCGACCGAGAAAGCCACCGUUAAGGUGACCAUUACGGAAAGGAAGAGGAAGGAUCUGCCGGUGGUCAGGGUCAGAAAGAAACGAAGACGGGUGCAGUUAAAUCUGGUCAAAAUGAUGAAAAGGAAAUGUUACAUUUGCUCAACGGUUCUGAAAGAUGCCAACGAACUAUCGCUGCAUCUAACGGAGAUGCAUUCCACCACGAGUGGCUACCACUGCAAAGAAUGUUCCAAAGAUUUCCCACUCUUGCCGGCUUACAACCGGCAUCUUUCUCGUCAUGAACAGUCCGAAAGACCGUUCAAGUGCAAUUUCUGCCCAAUCCAUUUCAAAUCGACGGUUCGACUGAAAGCCCACGAGAACAAAUUCCACGGCACAGACCACGACGUAAACUACCUUCCGGAACAGCCCUCCAGAAUAGAAUGUGACAUCUGUGGAAAAGCAUUCAACUACAGGCACAAGCUGAAGGUUCACGUUCGAAUGGUGCACAUGGGAAGUAAGCAACCGACGUGUAGCAUUUGCCAUAAAAGUUUCACUGCAACGUCCAGCCUCGAAAGGCACAUGCUUCUGCACACGAACGAGAAGCCACAUGUCUGCGGGAAGUGUGGAGCGUCCUUUCGUCGAGCGCUUCAGCUUCGGCACCAUAUGUCGAUGGAGCACGAGGGAAAAAAUCCCCACGUUUGCAGCGAAUGCAACGAGGAGUUCAAGAACUACCAUCAACUCUACAAUCACAAGCAGAUCGUGCACCAGAACAAGGCCCACGCCAGGAAGGCCAAGCAACGGAUUUAUCAUCUCGAUUGCAAACUCUGCAAGGCGACCCACACCAAAACGGCCGACCUGGAGCGACACAUCGAAGUGGACCAUAGCGAUCAGUCCUAUCCGUACACCCAGUGCGCGGAUUGUCCGCGAACUUUCCUCUCCAAGAGCCACUUGGAUCAGCACAAGGCCAUCCACACCGACAAAUACGCCUGCCAGGAGUGUGGCAAGCGGCACACAUCCAUCCAGGUGCUGCAAACCCACGUGGAGAGGGCGCACUCGGAUGUUCGAAGGUACGAUUGUCCGGUUUGCAUCAACAAGUCGUACAAAACGGCGGUCUCGCUGCGGCAGCACAUGGCCACGCACUCACACGGGAAGAAGUACGUUUGCGAGUUCUGCAACAAGGGCUUCGUGCGGAAGGAUCACAUGCUGAUACACCGCCGAAUCCACACCGGCGAGAAGCCUUACCAAUGUGUGAACUGCCUGAAACGGUUCAACGACAAUGCCAGCUUCUGCAGGCACAAGAAGCGCUGUCUGGAACCGAUGGCCAAGGCGGACGAUGACAAUGUGGAUGAUCUUCUUAAUUUUGACUUUUGAUUUAAGUUAGCACAAUUUAGUUGUCAGUAAUAAAUAUUAUUAACAAUUGUAGAUACCUUAUCCUA